GGCUAGCUUUUUCAAACCCGCCAUGACGUCGCUGCUGCGUCCCGUGGCUCCAUUGCUAUCGCUUCGCAUCCUCCUCUCCUUCCCUCCCUCUCACCCCGGCGCUCUCUCUUCAUCGCCUCUCCUCUUCCUGGCGCUCGCGCCGCUCCUCCUACCCUGCCACUAAAAAAAUACCUUCUCCUCUAGGUCUGUGUCGCCCCACUGCAUCUGGUUUUGCGCGACGAGGAUAGGGUGGGUGAAGAGCAAGUUUUGGGAGCUGUAGUCGGCGGCACAGAGACAGCGGUAUUGAAACUGAAUGUCCCCUGCUCCUGGAGUUGCAGAUUUUACGUUGAGAUUGGACCUCAAUCGACUGCCAGUUACUUCUUGAAAACCUAAAGAAAUUAUAUCGCGGAGUUCCUGAAUUAAAGAAAUUGUCGGGAUAUACAUCUAUGCGCCAUGUGGCCGUGCGAAGAAAUUUAUGAGUAGAACUGUUGUAAGAAGUGAUUGAUGGGAGAGACAAUGGGCGUUUUCAGCGAUGGAGGCUAGUGGCGAGCCUUUUGACUCAGGGGGUAAAAGAGCUUUGGCGAAGAAGUAAGCUGAGAAGCUCGUAGAGUAUGAAUAUAAUGAACUUCUAAGUUCCUGCUAUGGGGAAGAGGUGAGAGAUGUUUGACUGGUUGGUGAAAAUGGUUAUGGCGUGCUGGCGUCCCGUUAGGAGAUAUACACAGGGGCGAGAUGGGACAGAUCGUCAAGACCCUUUGCUUUGGAGCAAGGAUCUUUGUCCCCAUGCCGUAGGUGAAUUCUCCUAUGCAGUAGUUCAAGCUAAUUCCAUUCUGGAAGACAUGAGCCAAGUCGAGACUGGCUCCUUUGGCACAUAUGUGGGUAUCUAUGAUGGACAUGGGGGCCCUGAUGCUUCUCGUUGCAUCAAUGCGUCUUUGUACGAUUUCGUACUGAAGAAUACUACAGAGCAAGGGGGUAUGUCAUGCGACGUUCUCUGCCAAUCUUUCAAGGAGGUAGAGGGCAAGUUCUUGGAAAUCGUCGAAAGGGCUUGGGCCGUCAAGCCGCAAAUUGCCGCUGUUGGAUCUUGUUGUUUGGUGGGAGCCGUAUGGGAUUCCAAACUGUACAUCGCUAGUCUUGGAGAUUCUCGAGCUGUUUUAGGUAGUUGCUCUCGUGACACUGGCCUUCCAGUUGCUAAGCAAAUUUCAACAGAGCACAACGCAAGCAUCGAGUCUAUCCGGAAUGAGUUGUUCGCAAAGCAUAGUGAUGAUCCGCAGAUCGUGGUUUUGAAGCAUGGAGUGUGGCGUGUGAAGGGUAUUAUUCAGAUUUCACGCUCAAUUGGUGAUUUUUACUUGAAGAAAGCCGAAUUUAAUCAGCCGCCUCUUAUAGCCAGGUUCCGGCUUCCAGAUCCCCUCAAGAGACCUGUCAUAAGCUCAGAGCCGGAGUGCAACGUCAUUACACUCGGCCCGGAUGACGAAUUCGUCAUUUUUGCAUCUGAUGGCCUUUGGGAGCACUUGAGCAGCAAAGAGGCCGUAGACAUUGUGUAUAGUCAUCCCCGGGCUGGGAUUGCCAGGCGUCUGAUCAAAGCUGCUCUUCAAAAAGCUGCUACUAAACGUGAAAUGCGGUACUCUGAUUUGAAAGGGAUUGAGCGCGGGAUACGACGGCAUUUUCAUGAUGACAUAACUGUUGUGGUUCUUUAUUUGGACACUAAACUGCUCAACAGAGGUGGUAGUAUUUCUAAUCAUAUUUCUUCGAAAUGUCCAAUUGACAUGCCAAAAGGCGAUAACCCUCCGUCGUUAGUUAGCUCUAACAUGAACUUAGCUUUUAACAAAUAAGAACCUUUCGUCAGGUUUUGCGACUGUAUUGCAAUCAAGAUUGUUACGAGAGAAAAGUCAGCAGACUCCAAAUCGUUUGAAUGGUCUUAAAAUGCUGCGAGAGGUCUUCAAAGAGCCAUCAUGUUAACCUUGAGGAUCCACUGUGUUGAAUUGGGUUUUCAUUUUAUAUUUUUAUAUUUUAUUUAAAUACCUGCGAUACACCCCAGUGGGACAUGUAGCGGUCUUCGACUUUUGAACUGGUUAGUUACCUGAAAUAAUUGUAGACUCUGCAAAGUUCAAUCUGUUUAGCGGUAAGGUUUAAUUGUUUCUUUGAGUAUGGAUGUGGCCCCUCAACUGCUGUAGCGAACGGAAACUGAAAUUGCGAGAUAGACAUAUAGUAGUGGCUUCUUAUAUGCUACAUCUUCCCUCUUUCGAAUGUGCUACGAGGUUAAUUUUGCUAAUGUAGGCCUGAGUUUUAGCAGAUCUUUACAAUACUGUGUUGUUCACUUAGUUUCUUCCCGUAUAUCACAAGUAUCUCGUGGUGUAUAGGCUCUGCUGCUGCAAUGGUCGUAUCGCAGUCCUUGUUUUACUCAUGGACGAAUUUGUUCUUUGCUAAGGUUUCAUUUUACUCCCUGUUAUUGAACUCUGGAAGCGUAGCUGGUAUAGAGUUUUAUCUCUUGUUGGGUUUUAUCGUUACUACUGUUUCGGGAUAUUCAUAUUUGCUGUACAGCAGUUUUUCACCUUUUAGAGUGAAAAAGUCAUUGAAUUUGUAUCAGGAAGAUCUUCCAUGUUUCUAGCUCUGUUAUCCUGGAAAUCGAAGUAAAUUACUUUGAAGCAGGUUUUGAACGGUAGGAACACAUGGCAUCUUGGUCUGGACUUUGUAACCAUGGGUGGUGACAUUUUGAUC